AGAGUGAUCGCAGUGACAGUCAAGUUAGAGACUGUAACUAUGUCUAGUCUUCCAACCAUUGGCCACUCACUUCGUUUCUGCCAACGAGUAGAAGCCUGUUACAAUUGAAAUCAAGGUUUCAGGAAUCAGAAUUCGGACUCGAUAUCUGUACUUGGGAAGCCAUGACAGGACUGCAUCGUUCUUCAAGCGCUUCGGUGAAAAACGGCCUCCCUUCUCAGGAGCUCCUCGAUGAUCUUUCCAGUCGAUUUAUCUUAAAUGUUCCAAAAGAAGACCUAGAGUCAUUUGAAAGGAUUUUAUUUCUCGUCGAGCAUGCUCAUUGGUUCUAUGAGGACAAUUCGGUGGAGCAAAACCCAUCCUUGAAGUCUCUUACCCUGAAAGAAUUCGCUUCUUUGAUGUUUAAUAGUUGCGCUGUUUUGAGACCUUAUAUUGUGCAUAUAGAUGAUAUAUACAAAGACUUCACUUCUUACAAGGUUCGAGUUCCAGUGACUGGAGCAAUCAUUUUGGAUGAAUCUUAUGAACGGUGUUUGCUGGUGAAGGGAUGGAAAGCUGGAGCAAGCUGGAGCUUUCCCCGCGGGAAGAAGAACAAAGAUGAGGAAGAUCACACUUGCGCCAUUCGAGAGGUCUUGGAGGAAACAGGUUUUGAUGUUUCAAAACUUUUGAAAAUAGAUGACUAUCUAGAAGUUACAUUUGGGCAGCAGAGGGUGCGGCUCUACAUAAUUUCUGGUGUGAAGGAUGAUACCGUCUUUGCUCCAAUGACCAAGAAGGAGAUCAGUGAAAUCUCAUGGCACCGGAUUGAUGAACUUCAGCCAGUAGGCAACGAUGUAAUUUCUCGGGGACCAAAUGGUUUGAAGCUUUACAUGGUUUCUCCAUUCUGGGCCAAUCUGAAAGCAUGGAUUGCAAAAAACCAGCCCUCCACAGCUCAGAAAUCUGAUAAUCCUUUCAAAGGAAUGUGCGUGUGGAAGGCAAAGAACAGUUCGACUGGGGGAAUAGCAGGGGGACCAACAAAGGAGAGUCAGUCCACAAGAUCUGGAUCUGAAAACCAUAUAUCUGAUAUGGGUCCUGGCAAAAGCUUCAGAAGCUUCAGGUUCAAUCAUUCUUCAAUCUUACAAGCAAUGGAAGCCGCAUUUGCUGCUUAACUAUAACUUAAACUCUCUGAUUCAGCGUUACCCCAUUUAGGUCCUGUAUAAACUGUAGCGGGUCCUGGGUUCUUGUCGCCUGGUUAGUUUCAGCCGUGCUGCUAGUACAUACUAACACCACGGUGGGCUUAGAGGCUCCACUGGGAAACAGCACGAGCUGUGUAUUGUGACCGUCUCAAAAUUGGAAAGUACGUAGAUUUGUACAGGGAAUUAACAAGUAGAUUCAAGUGGGUCAUGAGUAGAGAGCAUUGGAUGUAAACACUAUAACUUCCAAAUUCUCGACUGGUUUAUGUUAAUUAUCUGGAUUCUGGAAAAUCAAAAUAUGGAUCUUUCUUAUAAUAA